UUUAAAAUCAUAUAAAAUGAAGCUCAUUUAAAAUAGAUAACGAAUAAGCAAUUUACAUUUAGCGUCAUUGAUGUCAAUACUUAAUCUACUGCAUACCAUUUAUUACCCAAUUCAGAACCUAUGUAUUGUGUACGUACUAAAUGCAGCACCUAUGUAUUAUGUGCGUACUUAAAUAUUGUAACCUCUCAGUUACGAUGAACAACAUUAGUUGCCAUACAUUCAGCCAAACCCUAGCUUAGUUGAAAUGGGAGUCAGAACUGCAGUGACUGCAGGCGGAGGGAAGAAUUAGCGCCUAGUGGUGGCGAAGAGUAGACCGCGGAUAACCAGUGCUGAAUUAGUAACAGUCUAGCACGCUGCAGUCAAGAAAUCGCGUGGACACAUAAUUUACACCGUAUAUGUGUACAUUAUUUUAUGUUAAAAAUCAGAAUCCUGACUUUCGGUUUCUCCUCUACCCAUAACAGCAGCCUGGCUCAAAGCCACUUAAACCUGAAGGAACCCGGAGUAUUUUUACAGGAAACUCCCCGGAUUGAACAGGCCGCACAAUAGAGAAAUGCGCAUGUAGCCAAAUAGUAUUGUUAUUAAGGCUUUCCGAAAUUUGUUAUUUUACUUAUACAAAAAAGAUGUUUGGUUCUUCGAGAUCCGGUGGCGUGAGAGGUGGCCAAGACCAAUUCAACUGGGAUGAUGUGAAGAGCGACAAACACAGAGAAAACUAUCUUGGGAACUCUCUGAUGGCACCAGUGGGCCGCUGGCAGAAGGGCCGGGAUCUGACGUGGUACGCCAAGGAUAAGAAGGGCCAGGCAGUGCUGUCGAGGGAGGAGGAGCUGGCGGCAGUGAGGCAGGCGGAGCAGGAGGCUCUGAUGGCAGCUCUAGGUUACAAAGAUGUGAAAAGACAGCCUACUGGUCUUACCAAAGAGGACUUGGCUGAUGUGUGUCGGAGGGAGGGUACGGAUCAUGAUUCAAGGGAUGUAGACAGAGUCUCAGGUCUUGGGAGUUCCAGCUUCAGUUCCAGUAAAGUGAUGCUUUCCAAGCAGGACAGGGAAGCUGCAAAGCUGGGUUUAGCUGUCUUCACACAUCAUAAAGUGGAAGGAUGCCAGGAGAUCUCCGAUCAGAAGAGGGAGACAGAGAGCAGAGACACUGACACAGAAGACCAAAGCUUGCAGGACAAAAGGAAAAGCAAAAAGGAAAAGAAAAGCAAAAAAGAAAAGAAAAGUAAAAAGGAGAAAAAGAAGAAGGAGAAAAAAAAGAAGACCAGGCACCACAAAAGGCAUUCAUCUUCCUCUGAGUCGGAAUCUGAUGAUGACAGCAAAAGGAGGAGAAAGGUCCAUCAUCCAUCAUCCAGGCGGCAGAGUGGUGCCGGGCGCGGUGACAGCUAUUCAUCGGGGGAGGCAGAGGCCGAGCGGCAGCCCCCCUUUGGCAGGAGGCAUCGCCACGACACGGACCCGUCCUCGGGCAGGGGGUCUCCCCCAGCGCGGCCUGGCGGGGCCCACCACCGCGACAGCCGGCAGCCAGCCCCAUCCCCUCCUGCACGUGGCCACAAGCGUCGCCACGACACCGACUCGGACGAUUAAUGAGCUUUGUCACCCAGGGAGGGAGGCCUGCAGAUCCCUGCUACUUAGCGAAGGAGUUCAAGGCUUGCUGUCAGGUUCAGGCAAGAGUAAUGGAGCCUAACUAGGACGGUCGCACAGCCUCACAGUGCAGCGUCUUGAUAUUCAUACACUGGAAUCGCAAGAAACGUUAAAAGAAACCACUUAUAUCCUUAACAGACAGCAGCGAAUAAGAUGGAACAUUUGAAAUGUUUGCCUGGACUGCUGAAGGAGCACAUUAUAGCAUCUGUAUUUAGUCCACUCCUUUCUUGUUACAUGUACUCUUUUGACAGGUUGUUGCAGUAGAAAUAGCAUAUUAAAAAAAAAAAACACUGGAGUGGACUAAUAGGCAGAGUACUAGAAAAGUACAAAAAAAUGAAUCUCCUUAGUGUAGCUAUAAAAACAGAACUUUAUGCGUCAGGGGUUUAAUGUGAUCUGUUCCUCG